AUGCAUGCACGGCUGCUACCGAAUGGCGCAGUCAAAGUUAUCAACAUUGCUGUCUACGACGAAACUUUUGUUCUGGACAGCAUCCCCAGAUUUCCCAUCGGUAAUCCCAUCAGGGGCAUCCUGUGCAGCGCACCCAUCGGCACCCGAAUCUGA